ACAGUACUGGUACUGCUGGUACCAGAACAUCGUAGGACUGUAGCCAAUGGAAAGAUCGAAAGAUCCUCGUUGGCCCUCCCACAUUCUCACUUUUUGCACUUCACGUUUGCUUUAACCAAAGCGGAAAAGGUUCGUCCUUCUUUUUCAUAUUGUCCACAGCAAUAGGACUGAACUAUUAUCAGUAAAUUACUUUUCAGCUACCGUACCUGUACUAGAUCUAGCUAAUAAUAUAUCAAGCAAGAUGGGCAACACAGCCGGCUCUUCUCUGAAGCGAUCUCACAGUCAGGAAUGUUUGGAUGCAGCCUUGGUGGAUGCGGCCAUGGCCCGUACCACAGGUACAGGUACCGGUACAGGUACAGGUAAUGGCACUGGUACCACUCGGCGUUCUAGCCAGCGAGGUCCUCGUAAGAGCAAGCGGAACAGCUCAACUCGUACGGGUACGGGUACAAUUCCUACAGAGGCUACAAGCAGUUCUAUGGGUAAUAGCAGAGGGAUCCCACGUGAUCUCUUGCUGCUCAUGAUGGACGAUGUCUCUCACAGACGAAUCCUGAAUGAGUUCAGUCAACGGGAUCUGAUGGCGGACUAUUCCUCAGCUUCCAACUGCAGCAAUGGUACUCAAGCUACUACUGGUACUAGUGCAAGUGCUAGUAUGACCAGGCGCUUGUCCUCCCAAGACUUUGCCAAUUCCAUUUCCCAAAUGAAUCCUCAAGACGUGCUCAGGCAGCUAGAAGACAUUGCAAGUGAUGGAAUGGAAGGAGCUGAUGAAUACCUGCAUUCACUCAAACAGUUGGGACAAACCUAGAGUAGAGUAAAGUCAUUAAUAGUCGUACUGGCUGAACUUAGUAGACACCGUAC